AAAUUUGUGUCACAUUUCACAUCAGAAUAAUCGUUUGGAAAGCCGCAGUAGAUCCAAUCACUUUAUAUACGCAAGCCAUAUUUAUGUGGACUUAAGCUGUAGAAAACAAGAGAAUUCAAAAAUAAAGACUGUUUGUGUGUGUAAUUAGUUAGAUACGUGCUAUUUGAAAAGUCGGUGAUACCGUCCACAUCGGGCAUAGAGUAGAAGUGGUUGUCAACAACAUUUUUCAAAUUUUUAAGAUCUUAUUGUACAGCCAUGUUAACAGUUCAUUCCAUUCAUCGUCGAUGUUAGAUUUUGCGACCGGCCUUACCUUGUUUGCAUCAUUUUUAGUCAACAAAAAUAAGUCCAAUCGUCGAAAAUGAACGCUUGCAUUCUGUGUAAAUCGAAGGAGAUCAACAAUUUGGAAUUGGGGGAGAUGAAAGUGCUCGGCGAUCUACAAGUUCAUUAUUUUUGCUUGUUGUUGUCGUCCGGGCUGUUAACGAAUGGUGAGGAAGAUGAAGGAAUACUCGGCUUUUUGCCACCGGACAUCAAAAAAGAGUCGAGACGAGCCAUCAGACUGAAAUGUCUCUACUGCCAUCAAACGGGCGCAACGAUCGGUUGUUGCAUUUCUGCUUGCAAUGCCUCGUUUCACCUGAAUUGUGGUCUGAAAAACAAUUGCCUCAGUCAAUUUACGCCGGAAUACAAAUCGUUUUGUCAUCGGCACGUUGAGUGCAGCACUAAGGUCACACACUCCGAGGAUCAUAUCUGUAUCAUUUGUUACUCGGAAAUGGGCACUUUCGACAAAAUUCAAUCGGUUUUUACACCUUGCUGCAAAUCUGAAUGGUUCCAUAAAUGUUGUUUGAUGAGAUUGGCAGAUUCGGCUGGGUAUUUCUUCAAAUGUCCCAAGUGUAAUGAUGUGGAGACGUUCACUGAUGAGUGCAUGAAGCGGGGAAUAUUUGUACCACAAAGAGACGCUGCAUGGGAGACCGAAGAGAAUGCCUUCCACGAGCUGAUGGAACGUCCGAAUCGAUGUAACGCAGAAAAAUGUGUUUGUGUCGAUGGCAGAGAAAGUGAUAAGCCGUCGAAUGAAUUGCUAAUUUGUGAGACUUGCGGUAGUAAUUGCAUCCAUAAAAAAUGCUGGCAACGCAAAGAACCGUAUUACUGUUGCUAUCGGGUCGAUCAAAUCUCUUCGUCCCGCCGAGAACCGAAGAAGAAAAAUAUUGCGGCCCAGAAGGACGAAAUCGUUAAGAAAAUACAAAAUAAGCGGAAGCGGGAACAUCAGACCGACGACGAAAAAUUGGAUGAAAAAAGACGAAAAAAGCGGAAAACGGAAAAGUUUGCCGAAAAUCAACCAACACCUGAAAAGACAAAGGGAACGCGCAGUCGUGAGUGUAGCGUAAACUGUAAAACGAUCGACGAGACGAAACGGUCACGUUUCCCGAUUAAGAAAAUCCGUAACGGAACGUUCGAUCAAAUUUUACGCUAUAAGCCUCGAGUUUUGUUGUAUCCAGUGUCGCUAGAUCAAUUCAACAAUUCGUCCAAAAAAAUUGCCGAAUCCAGCAAUUCCAACCGAUCGUUGGUUACAUCGAAUAUCGACAAUAGUUUGAGUAAAAAAGAUUCAAAGAGUUCGGAAUUUACAUUAAUAUCGCCGAAGCGUAAGAACGGUGGACCAUCGUUCAAAAACUAUAUGAUAACGUCGUUCUUUAAGCCAUAUUUAAAUAAAGACUAAAUUGUAAAAAACGCCAGAAAUUUGUACCUCGAUGCUACAAAUCGUAAGAAUUAAAAUAAGACUAAAAGCCGCA